AUGGCAUACUGGAAAGCCGCUGGUCUGACCUACAACCGCUACCUGGCCGUUGCUGCUCGCGCGGUCCGCAGAUCCCUCAAGGAGACCCCUCGUCUGGCUGCUGAACGCCGUGGCCAGAUGGACCUGCGUUUUGCUAAGUGGGAGAACGGCAAGCAGGGCGAGGUUCGCUCCCUCGGUGAGGCCAACCAGGAGGCCGCCGUCGCCAACGCCGAGAAAUAG